GCCAGCUCCCAGCUCCUCAUUGAGUCGCUGAAUGAAGUAACGGGCAUCGCUGAAAGAGUACGUUUGAGAUCGGAGAGCAUGUUAAGCUGCCUUGACUUACACAUAUCCGUCCAUGAAAACAUCAACAAAUAGUGGAGAAUUUCCCUUUCUUCACAGAUUGCAUGAUGUUGCCUUUCUAUUUGUGGAACAUAAUGUUAAAAAAAUAUAUAUUUUUUAUCAUUCCUUUUGUAGCUUCUUGGGCUAUAAGCUCUUUAAGAUUCUGGAGAUGUGGAGCCAAUUUAACUGAGGUUUGGAUUUUUUUUUGUUGUGUCAAAAGGACUUCCAAAUAGAAUAUUAAAGCUGGCAAGAGAUAAUUUGUAUAGUAAUCUCAUUUUAUGAUUUUCUUUGAUGAGAGAUCUUAUGAAGAGGAAGAUUUUGGUAAAAUGCAGAUCUGGUAGAAUUAUGCAUCUGAUAUAACUAUGCUUUUUUCUAUAUAUAGAUAUUACGUUGUCUCAUACCAGUUGUUUUUACAGUACCUGUCUUUUGUUUGUCUCAUAGAUGUGUAAGACUAUUUCACAUUGUUUUAGCAGAUUGCUUAGAAUGGUGAAAUGCUGUGAAAAAAAAUACUGAAAUUGUUGAAGAUUAUGAAAAAGAUGUAAAGUGAAAAAAAAAAAAUAUAUAGUAAACUUAGUGCAUUUUCCCGAUAACCAAAGGCACUCGUACAAAUCCUGUCAGCACAGUAUUUUAGAAUGUAGGAUGUAGGAUGAAGGUGGCCAUACUAAAAACUUUCAUAUGAUGCUUGUAGAUUAUUUUUGUAAAGGUAGUACAAUGUGAGAAUGU